GCCGCAGAACUGUGGACUCGAGUGAAGUAGAAAUAAAGGAAGAUGAAUUCCAGCAUGAGCAUGGGUGAACCAAGACUGAACUGGGAUAUUUCUCCCAAAAAUGGCCUGAAGACUUUUUUCUCUCAAGAAAAUUAUAAAGAUCAUUCUUUAGCUCCAAGUUUAAAAGAACUGUUUACUUUAUCUAACAGACGUAUAGGAGAAAAUCUGAAUGCCUCAGCAAAUUCUGUGGAAAAUGAGCCCACAGUUAGUUCAGCACCUCAAACAAAGGAGAAAGUUGGAAUGGUUCUUCUUCCAAAACCAAGAGUUCCCUAUCCUCGUUUCUCUCGCUUCUCACAGAGAGAGCAGAGGACUUAUGUGGAUUUGUUAGUUAAAUAUGCAAAGAUUCCAGCAAAUUCCAAAGCCGUUGGAAUCAACAGAAGUGAAUACUUGCAGUAUUUGGACAUGAAAAAGCAUGUGAAUGAAGAAGUGACUGAAUUCCUAAAGUUUUUGCAAAACUCUGCGAAGAAGUGUGCUCAGGAUUAUAAUAUGCUUUCUGAUGAUGCCCGUCUUUUCACAGAGCAAAUUUUAAGAGCUUGCAUUGAGCAAAUAAAGAAGUACCCAGAAUUUUUUUCUCUCCAUGAAGUCACCAGUUUAAUGGGAUUCUUCCCAUUCAGAACUGAGAUGGGAUUGAAAUUAGAAAAAACCCUUCUUGUGUUGGGCAAUGUCAAAUUUGUGAAGACGGUAUUUCCCUCAAUGCCGGCAAAGUUAUAUCUCUCAAAAGAUGCCAUGUCUUCCACUGAAAUACCAAAAGAAAUCGCUGAAGCUUUGCACUCUGAUAUCAGUAAAGAUCCAAAUGCUGAGAAGCUUGUUUCAAGGUACCAUCCUCAGAUAGCUCUCACUAGUCAAUCAUUGUUUACAUUACUAAAUAAUCAUGGACCCAACUACAAGGAACAGUGGGAGAUUCCAGUGUGUGUUCAACUAGUGCCUGUUGCAGGUUCCAAACCAGUUAAAGUCAUUUAUAUUAAUUCACCACUUCCCCCAAAGCAAAUGACAAUGAGAGAGAGAAAUCAAAUCUUCCAUGAAGUUCCGUUAAAAUGUAUGAUGUCCAAAAACACAUCGGUUCCAGUCUCUGCAGUAUUCAUGGACAAACCUGAAGAGUCCGUGCCUGAGAUGGACACAUCCAGUGAAGUUAACGAGUGCCGAAAAAUUGAGACUCAUGAGAAUUUGGAUCUGAAUUUUGAUGAAGAUGUCACAGAACUUGAAACCUUUGGAGUAACCACCACAAAACCACCAAAGUCACCAAAUCCUGCCAGUACUUCCUCGGAAUCCAUCAUGACAGAUACUCCUGUGGCUGCCAAAGCAGCACCUCCAGCACCUCCGCCUAUGGCUCUAGCAACACCAGACAUUGCUACUAGUUCUAGGAGCCUGGCUCAGAUGCUAAUGGAGCAAUUGAAGAAGGAGAAACAACUGGUAACUGGUAUGGAAAGUGGCCCUGAAGAGGGCAAACAUAAAGACAAUCAAAGCCUUAUACCAUGUGAUAAACAGGUGCCCAGUUCUGACAAGGCUUUGAUGCCAGAUAAGCUCAUGGAAAUAUCUGACAACUUACAGUUAGAAAGUUCUAGAGAAACUGAAAACUCAUCUGAAAAUGGUAUGGCCACAGAAAUGCUGUGUGCCAAUGAUAAAAGACUAAAUGUUCUAGAUAGCACAGGCAAUUCAAAAGACAAGACUACUACAUCAGAAGUAGCUAGUGCGGAGAAAGCAGUUCCUUGCAGUAGCGAUACGGAUGAGGACUGCCUAGUGAUUGAUACCGAGAGUAAAGGUGAUCAUGAUGGAAAGACAGCUGUUUUGGGUUCUACUUUAAGUUCUGGACCAGUAAAUCCAAAUUCUUCCCCAGGACAGGCUUCUGUAGGAAACCACACAACUUCUAAUCCUGAAGACUCCUGUGUUUUAAAAAAACCUAUCAAAAGAGUAUAUAAAAAAUUUGAUCCGGUGGGAGAAAUUUUAAAAAUGCAAGAUGAACUCUUAAAGCCAAUUUCCAGAAAAGUGCCAGAGUCGAACUUAAUGAACACAGAUGACUCAAAACAAUCACUUGUGUCUGAGCAAUCCUCUGCUCCUUCAGAUGCCUCUGGUUGGCCAAAGUCUGGAUGGCCUUCUGCAUUCCAGAAGCCAAAAGGACGAUUGCCAUAUGAACUUCAGGACUAUGUUGAAGAUACGUCGGAAUAUUUACCUCCUAAAGAAGGAAAUUUUGUUUAUAAGCUAUUUAGUCUGCAAGACCUGUUGUUACUUGUGCGUUGCAGUAUCCAGAAGAUAGAGACAAGACCACGCUCUAAAAAAAAGAAGAAAAUCAGAAGACAAUUUCCAGUGUAUGUACUGCCAAAACUAGAAUAUCAAGGUUGUUAUGGAGUUGAAGCUCUAACUGAAAGUGAACUUUGUCGUUUAUGGACUGAGAGUUUAUUGCAUUCCAACUGCUCCUUUUAUGUCGGGCACAUUGAUGCAUUUACUUCAAAGCUUUUCCUGCUAGAAGAAAUUACCUCGGAAGAAUUAAAGGAAAAACUUUCAGCACUCAAGAUUUCAAGCUUAUUUAACAUCCUCCAACACAUUCUAAAGAAAUUAAGUAGCUUGCAGGAGGGCUGCUACCUGUUGUCUCAUGCAGCAGAAGAUUCUUCACUCCUGAUCUACAAGACCUCGGACGGGAAAGUGAGCAGAACGGCCUAUAAUUUGCACAAAUCACACUGUGACCUUCCUAGUGUCCCUUCCAGUCUCUCCGUGCCCUGGGUUCCCUUAGAUCCCAGUCUCCUGUUGCCAUAUCACAUCCACCACGGACGAAUACCUUGUACAUUCCCACCUAAGUCUCAGGGUCCUGCAACACAGCUGAAGGCUGGCGGACCAAGAAUGCUUGCACACAGCCGCAGGAAUCCUGUUCCUAUGGAAACCAAAAGCAGUUGUUUGCCUGCUCAGCAAGUUGGAAAUGAAGGAGUGGCUCAAAAUAAAAGAAAACUAACCUAAGGGCUGUGCCACGGAAAAUGAAAUUUCGGAAAAUCCAGUUACAGCGGUGUCUAAUUUGAAAAGUUUGAGGAGAAGUGUGCCCAGAAGAUCAGUAGGCACGAAGAGCGUUUUUUUCCUCCAAUAGUCUCCGAAUCCUUAGAAAGUGCCUUGGGGAUCACCGGCUGUUAGAAAGACUGUGUCAACUGAAGUGGAGAAUUAAGCUCUUCACUUUUGAUACUGGAGUGGAAUCUAGAUACGGUUAAUAUUAUUGUGGCUGGGAACUAAAGAAGAAAAAAUAUUUUUAUAGUGUAUAGUUUUCAAAGUAUUGGCUUUUUAAAAAAAGUUUUAUUUGCGUUCUGUUGCCACUGUCAGAAAUAAUGAGGAUUAUAAACCCUCAUCUACAUUCAGUUGAGGGCCUGGGAGUGCUCUGCCACUUGAGCCACAGCCCCACUUCCGGCUUUUUGGUGGUUAAUUGGAUGACU